CCGUCCAUGCGCACGGAACAUCGCGGGCAGUCUCAAUUUGACGAGAUACGAUAAUUGCGAAAAUUCUUAACCUAAUAAAUAAUUCUCUCUUAAAAAAAACAGUGCAAUCACGUAAAAUCCAAUAGUCAGUGAAAAAUAAUUGAUUGAAGAGAAUUUAGCGUGUGGAUUUUGGUCUUGACCAUCAAAAACACUUCGAUUGGAUCUCUGAAACGGGAAUGGGAGUAUCAGAAACAUUGAAUUACGUUCUGUUUUCUAAUCCCGUCAGCUCGAGUGCCGGUUCGUUUGCGAAAACUGCUGCAUCAGCUUCCCACCAGUGCCGAACAGCUGCAGAGUGGGGAUGACAUGGAGUUGAGGGGAAGGUGAUAGUGACCGCCGCGCUGUCUCGUGCCGCCUGAAAGAACUUGUCUCCUGUUUUUGGCUUGACAAUACCUGCUUGUAUCCUACCUUACACUGGCGUGUCUACCUGUCAGCCGACUCGGUAACUACCUCGGUAGCAGUCUCGCUGUCAGAGGGAUCAAUCGACGGGGUGGAUGUUAUUUUCUGAAUUACAGGUAAUUGUUAUGGAUAUACUGUAAUUUUUGGGAGAGGUGUCAGAGGGCUCCGGAGGUUGGGAAAAAUAUACUGUGUGAUUUCCUUGGGUGUCGGUGAUGAGAAAUUGAAAUGGAACUUGCAAGAAUGUUUGUCAGAAAUUCUGCAAUGAUUCUGCCAAAGCUGAGAUUCAUGGGCUUUGGAAAAUGCCGGAGGCCGAAUUCUACUGUUACAAAUCCAGAGGAAGAUCCAGCUCCGUUGUUCUUCAACGAACAAAUCCAGAAAAUCCUGAAGACCCUGACACGUCCAGACCCAAAGAAGGUCUUCCGAAGUCGAAAGGAUGGCCAUAAAAUGAAAGACCCAAGGUACAAAUUCAUGACAGAUGAGGAACUACAGGCGGCCCUGCGAAAAGCCCAGAAGAAGCUCGAGGGAAGGCUCCAAAUGCCACCAGUUGUUAAAGAGCGAGAACCCAUUACUGAGGUCCUCUCCAAGGAUCCAGCCCUCCAAGGCUUCGACGAGAGUAAAUACGUUUUCACUGAUAUUACUUAUGGUGUGACUGACGCCAAUCGUUUGAUCGUUGUUAGAGAUCCCGAUGGCAAGUUGAGAAAAGCCGAUUGGGACGAGAGAUUCAGAAUGAAUCAUAUUUAUUUUCCAAUUGAGGGAAGGGAGAUGUUCACACCGAAAAUGUUCCAGGAUGAGCAUCUUCAGGAGAUACUCAACCGUAAGGACUACGAAUUUAUCUUGGAUCGUGCAUGCACUCAGUUUGAGCCAGACGAUCCCGAAUAUCAGCGGAUCGUGAGAAUUGUUUACAACGCGGUGGAUUCUGAGAAAGAAUACGACAGACUACGAUCCACCCGGCAUUACGGACCUUUAAUAUUUCAUUUAGCUCUCACAAAAAAUAUUGACAAUCUCCUCUACGAGAAUAUUACACGAGAAUUCAUCGAAGAUGCAGCUCUCCUCAUCGAUCUCUUCUACAGAAUCCACCGAUCAUCAAAAUCAGGACUUGACUCCACAGGAAAUCAUACCGAUGUUAUUCAAAAAUACAUCGAAACCGAUGCAGCGAGCAGAGGUAAAUUAACAUCUGCAUUGAACGCCUACAAUGAACUCAUAAAGACGCGAAAAACUGUUGAAUCGGGAGUGAAGAAAGCCCAUGGGUUUGAUUGACUCAAUAAUUUUGAUUAUAACCCACAAAAAUAUAUUAUUAAUUAAUAAACUGAUUAAAAAAACAGGUCUGUUCUUUCUCCGCGAAAAAAUAAAUAAUUCUACCCUCAAAUCAUAUGAUAUUUUGUGCUUUAUUCGUUGUUCAAAGGUAUCUCUCUCAUUCAUAAAUUUCCACUUCAUAAAUUAAUAGUCGAUUAUUUUAUUAUAACUAUAUAUUACUUACAAACAUUUACAAAUGUAACAAUUCAAUUCAAUUUGGCAUACAUUACCGUUCAGAAUAGAUUAUUACACUAAUGUCCCAAUUUUCCAUCAACUGUUCCCUCCAAUCAUGAAAAAUCUUCAUUUCAGUUGUUAAUCUAACGUGAGCACGAUACAAGUAUCCAUAAUCGUUUCAUUAAUUUGAUUAUCCAUCGGGACAAUAACCGCACAAUAUUGACAAUGAAAAAAAUUACCUAACAGGUGCCAAUGAAUCAUGCGAGAUGCAUUUGUACAAAUUUUUUCAUGUACUACAUAUUUUAUUGAUUAGGUUUGGAAUACUUCGUUAACGGUAAUGACUUCUGCGUUGAAUCAAAGAGUAUUUAUGAUUUAUCUUUAUUCUCCUCCUCUAGCGAUUAUAAUUUGUGCAUUGCAACGGAAGGAAUGAGAAAACUAAUAAAAUUAUUAGGCCUCUCAACGAAAUUUCAACGAAAUUGUGCGGCAACAAUUCAAUGUCAAGUAUUUAUCACUACCCUAUUGAUCAGAGUGUAAAAAAUGAUUUAUGAAAGUCUAAUUAGUCAAGAGAUUCAUCAAUAACUUGAUGUAAACGAUAUUAUUUCACUCCAUGGAAUUAUACGUGCCCUUAGUCUUUUUAUCUGAAUAUCUACACUUAAUUGUCAUGGCAUAGAUACUACUGA